GCGGGGCCGCGGCCGCCCCGGGCGGGGGGCGUGAGGGGGCGGCCGGGCCGAGGUGCGGGCGCUGUGUCGCGACUCACCCCGCCUGGCGCGAUGCUCCCCGGUGAGGGCGGGCCUCCGUACCCUCUUCCCUCUUCCCUUUUCCCUUCCCCCUCCCGGCGGCGGCGGGGAUGACGCACGUCCGGCGCGGUCCGUGCACAGGGCCCGCCCCCCCGCCAUGCCCGCCGGCGUGCCCUGGCCCACCUACCUGCGGGCGCUGGCGGCCAGCAUGCUGGCCAUGUUCGCGGGGGCCGAGGUCGUGCACAGGUACUACAGGCCUGACCUUAGCAUACCUGAAAUACCUCCUAAGCCUGGAGAACUGAGAACAGAGCUGUUGGGUCUAAAAGAAAGAUCAAGCGAAAUUCAGACUUCACAAGAGUGACCAGAGUUUAUUUUCAUUGUGAAAACUAGAACUGAUAAAAUAUCGAUCCAACUGUUUCAGUUGCAGAAAUACAUAUGUGAAAUACUGUGCUCCUGUAAUGUGUCUUUGCUUUCCUUUGAGCCGAGUUGCAGACAGCAUUAAAAACGAACAUAGGUAAAAGUCCCA